AGUUAGCCGUCUCUCCUUCAAUGUCACGUUUGUUUUGCUAAACUGUUUGAUAUUAACUGUAAAUUCGUAUUUUUGUUUCAGAAAAAUGUUUAAUUUCAGAUGUAUUUUCCGUAAUUCCGUCAGCUCCGUAUGUCGACAGAUAUCCGCCUCGCUAAACGGAAACGGGACCUCUCUGGUUGGAAGAGUGGGGGAGCCGCUGCAGAGAUCGUUGCAUUGCAGCGCUGUGAGACUUCAGGAGGCUGAAAAAACAUCACAAGCAAACUCUGGGGAAGGGUUCAGCUAUUUUCCUCCUCUUCCUGAUCAAGACAGCCCACUGCGAUGGGACGGGAAGAAGUUUGAAGAGUUACCAAUUAUUCACAUUAAAGCAACAUAUAACAAAAAGCCAUAGCAAAGGGAGUGAAGUUUGUUCGCGUUGUCGUCAAAGGUCUUGGUCCUGGACGCCUGAAUGCAAUCAAAGGCUUGACGAUGGGAGGCCUGGAGAUAGUAUCGAUCAGUGACAACACCCCCGUGCCGCACAAUGGAUGCCGCCCACGUAAAGCCAGAAGGCUUUGAAGAAGCUGUUAACUUGUCAUAUGCUAAUAAAGUGUUUUGCU